GCGAAAUGUCGAUGGGGAAGUAGGCACGACAUUGACGAAGGACGGCUUGUGAACAUCGAGCGAUGAAUGCUGGACAGAAGAGCGCGCGGCGAUUGGCGUCAGGCAAUGCACUUUCACGCGACACCGUAUGCACCUCCUGCUUGAACCGACUCGCCCAUCCUUCAUCACGACGACAUGCUUCCGCCGCGGCCGCAGUAGCUGAGAAGCCCGCACAACCUCCACGAAAAGCCAAAGUAAAUCCUCCUGUCACACGACCCGAACCGCGAAAGGCCUUCCGAGUGCUAUGCAGUCCUGUUCUGUCCAGGCCACCUCAAAUCACCCGGGAAUUGACAUCAUUUGAGAAAGCUUUCUUUCUCUAUCAAAAGCGUCUCAACGAACGGCUAGCCCUGCCCUUCACGCGCUACUUCUACACCAAAAAGGGUACACCAGCAGAUCUCGAAUGGAAGCGAAAAGCGCCAGCACGAAGAGGCGUGGCCGCGCGAGAUGUGGGAGCAUACAACGCAUAUGCCGAUGAUGGAUGGAAUGACGAAGUGCCGAUAGGGAGCAAACUUGGUGAACCCGAAGAUAUCUACGAAAAGCUCAUUCGCGACGCCGAGGGAAAGACCAUCUCAGAUGACCUUGUUGGAGACGCGGAGACCGGCGGAGAGGAAAUUGCCGGAGACGCAAAACAAGGCGAGGGAGUUCGCAAACCUGUGGGAGACGUCGUGAUCGAGCGUCCCGCGCCGCGGAGGACGGAAGCAGAUGAGAAGAAUGAUCAAAAGAGUCUGAGUCGAGCAAUGGACCGGACAUUAUAUCUCCUUAUACGGGACAAGCAAGGCGCAUGGCAUUUCCCACAGGACCGCAUUUACGGUCGGGAGAACCUGCAUCAGGCCACCGAACGCGUCCUCCUCCAAGCCGCCGGCAUAAACAUGAACACCUGGGUCGUCGGCAACCACCCCAUAGGCUACCACGACCAAAUGUUCAAGUCACCUCAAAAAGCCACAAUCCUCGCGAACAAGCUCGUGACGACUUCACGCCAGCCUUUCGAGCGCAAGGAGUACGGAUUGAAGGCUUUCUUCAUGAAAGCCCGGAUCAUGGCCGGCCAAGCCGAUCUGACCAACAACGCAUAUGGCGAUCAGGACUUUUUGUGGUUGACACGUGAAGAGAUCGAGAAGGUGGUUGAUGUGGCCUAUUGGAGGAGUAUUAGGGGCAUGUUGCCGGCGAGGUAAUAGGCAGGCGAGAGACAUGCAUACACGGUUGCGAAUGGGACUGGUAGGACUAUCGGGUGGCGCCACUAGCACGUCAUAUAAGAGAGAAGAAGAGGGGAUGCGUCUGUAUGAACUGUAUAUAUAGGCAAAAGCUGAAAGGAACAAGCUACGAGAAGAGAGCCCAGCUCGUUCACAGACUGGUCAUAAUCACGUUUUUCAAAGAGGCAUAGCAUGACGUUGGGGACUGCAAAGGUGAAGAC